AUGCAAAUAGCCAUUAACAAGCUUUGUGCAACUAUUAAUGAUGGUGAUUGUGUACUAAUUUAUUUUUCGGGGCAUGGAAUGGAAGAAAAAGGUCAAACUUAUUUAAUACCAAUUGAAGACAUACACAAUCCUGCAUUGAAUUGUAUCUGUCUGGAUAAACUGUUAAAUCAAUUGAAUAACUGUGGAGAUAAAUUAUUAAAUAUUGUUAUACUCGAUUCAUGUCGUGCUGACGAAAAAAAUAAUACGUGGAAAUCGAAGGCUACAAGUGCGGAAAAUGAAGACGAUCUCAAAUUUGCCUUUGACGAAGUCCUGUCAAAAAAUGUCCGUCGAAAAAAUGACUCUCAAUUUUUCGUAAUAUACUCAGCUGAUCCUGGUACGGUAUCAUAUGCUGCCGGUCCUCAUACGAAUGGAAACAGUUAUUUUACACACUCACUAUUAAACCAUAUUUCAACACCAGAUAUGAAGCUAGAAGAAAUGAUGAAAGAAGUUUCAAGAGAAAUAAUGUUAAAAUCAAAUUAUGAGCAACGACCAUGGAUACAUUCAUGUCUUCAUGAACAUUUUUUUUUUAAAAAAGGAGAAAUUCAAACAAAAACGACUGAACUUCAACUAAUUGAAAGUACUGUUGCUGGAGGAAAUGAAAAUGGAGAUAAACCAAAUCAACUCAACGGUCCUCAAGGAAUCUUUAUUGAUAAUGACAAAUCAGUUUAUAUUGCUGAUUGUUGGAAUCAUCGUAUUGUUAAAUGGGAAUUGGAUUCAAAUACUGGUGAACGCAUUGUAGGUAGAAACAAAAAAGGAAAUCAAGAUAAUCAAUUGUAUUGGCCAAAAGACAUAAUUUUCGAUAAAGAAAAUAAAUCUUUCAUUAUUGCUGACUACGGAAACAAACGAGUAAUUCGAUAUUUUGGUAAUAAUCAAACAAAACAACAAAUUAUUAUUUCAAAUAUCGAUUGCUGUAGUCUAACAAUCGAUAAAAAUGGAUUUAUUUAUGUUUGUGAUGACCAGAAACAUGAAGUAAAACGAUAUAAACAAGGCGAUACAGAAGGUGUAUUAGUUGCAGGUGGAAAUAAAAAAGGAAGUCAACUUAAUCAGCUCCAUUCUCCUGAUAAUAUUUUUAUUGAUGAAUAUGGUUCUCUUUAUAUAUCAGAUCAUUGCAAUCAGCGUGUAAUGAAAUGGAAAAAAGAUGCAAAAGAAGGAAUUGUUGUUGCUGGUGGAAAUGGUCGUGGAGGAAGUCUCAAACACCUGUCUUCUCCUUCAGGAGUGGUUGUUGAUCGUUUGGGUCGAAUCUAUGUGGCAGAUUGUGGGAAUGAUCGAAUAGUACGUUGGUGUAAAGAAGGUAAAGAAGGUGAAAUUGUUGUUGGUGGAAAUGGUCCAGGAAAGGAACAAAAUCAAUUGAAUGGGCCAACAGGUGUAUCAUUUGAUAAUGAAGAAAAUCUUUAUGUUGUUGAUCGUAAUAAUCAUCGAAUCCAAAAAUAUGAAACAGUUUUAAAUUAA